UCCCUUUUUUACAGGAACAUCUUCCGAUGAAGAUAGUGAAGAGGAUGGGAGUGGAACAGAUACUGACAACAAUGAUAAUGAUGGUGAUGAAUCUGGUGACGAUGACGAAGAUGGAGAAGACGAUGAAGAAGAUGAUGAUGAUGAUGAUGAUGAUGAUGAUGAUGAUGGUGACGAUGAUGAUGAAUCAAGUGAUGAUGACGACGAGGAAGAAGAGAGUGAAAGUAGCUCUGACUCUGAUAUUGAAUUACCUGUUGGUCCAAUAAAUCUCUUGAUGGGUGGACUACCUUUAUGCCCUUCCUCAGCGCAAUCUAACGACCAGUCAGAGAAUACGUGA